GCGACCUGCUCCCGGCUGACGGCAUCCUCAUCCAAGGCAACGACCUGAAGAUCGACGAGAGCGCGUUGACGGGGGAGUCCGACCACGUCCGCAAGGCGGUCGACAAGGACCCCAUGCUGCUCUCGGGCACCCACGUCAUGGAGGGCUCGGGGAAGAUGGUGGUGACGGCUGUGGGGGUCAACUCGCAGACCGGCAUCAUCUUCACCCUGCUGGGCGCCGGCGGGGAGGAAGAGGAGAAGAAGGAGAAGAAAGGGAAACCGCAGGACGGGGCUGUGGAAAACAUCCAGAACAAAGCCGAGGGGGAGCGGAAGCGGAGCAGCGGCCCCAAGAAGGAGAAGUCGGUGCUGCAGGGCAAACUGACCAAGCUGGCCGUGCAGAUCGGCAAGGCAGGGCUGGUGAUGUCAGCGGUGACGGUGAUCAUCCUGGUGCUGUACUUUGUCAUCGAGACCUUCGUGGUGGAGGGCCGGGCCUGGCUGGCCGAGUGUACCCCCGUCUACGUCCAGUACUGGGUCAAGUUCUUCAUCAUCGGCGUCACCGUCCUCGUGGUGGCCGUCCCCGAAGGGCUGCCGCUGGCCGUCACCAUCUCCCUUGCCUACUCCGUCAAGGUCAGUCCCCGCCGACCCCCGUCCCAUCCCACCGCCCGUCCCCUGCCGUCCGUCUGGUCCUCCGUCUAUUCCCCUCCACGGCAGGUGGGCAACAAGACGGAGUGCGCGCUGCUGGGGCUGGUGCUGGCGCUGCGGCGGGACUACGAGGCUGUGCGGGCCCAGGUGCCCGAGGAGCGGCUCCACAAGGUCUACCCCUUCAACUCGGUGCGCAAGUCCAUGAGCACCGUCACCCGCCUGCCUGCCGGCGGCUUCCGCCUCUACAGCAAGGGUGCCUCCGAAAUCCUCCUGCGCAAGUGCUGCGCCAUCCUGGGGGGCGGCGGGGAGGCGCGGGCCUUCGGGCCGCGGGACCGCGAGGACGUGGUGCGGAAGGUGGUGGAGCCCAUGGCGGCGGCGGGGCUGCGCACCCUCGCGCUGGGGGCACUGGGAGCCCAGGGCAUCGCGGGGACGGAUGUGGCGAAGGAGGCGUCCGACAUCAUCCUGACGGACGACAACUUCUCGAGCAUCGUCAAGGCGGUGAUGUGGGGUCGCAACGUCUACGACAGCAUCUCCAAGUUCCUCCAGUUCCAGCUCACCGUCAACGUGGUGGCCGUCAUCGUGGCCUUCACUGGGGCCUGCAUCACCCAGGACUCACCCCUGAAGGCCGUGCAGAUGCUCUGGGUCAACCUCAUCAUGGACACCUUUGCCUCGCUGGCACUGGCCACCGAGCCGCCCACAGAGGCCCUGCUGCUGCGGAAACCCUAUGGGCGCAACAAGCCCCUCAUCUCCCGCACCAUGAUGAAGAACAUCCUGGGCCACGCCGCCUACCAGCUCGUCAUCAUCUUCACCCUCCUCUUCGUCGGUACGUGGCCGCGGGCCGAGACUGCGACGUUGGGGGAGGACGCGCCCGUGCACGUGGCCCCCUCCGAGCACUACACCAUCAUCUUCAACACCUUCGUCAUGAUGCAGCUCUUCAACGAGAUCAACGCCCGCAAGAUCCACGGCGAGAGGAACGUCUUUGACGGCAUCUUCGCCAACCCCAUCUUCUGCUCCAUUGUCCUGGGCACCUUCGCCAUCCAGAUCGUCAUCGUGCAGUUUGGGGGAAAGCCCUUCAGCUGCUCCCCCCUCAGCGCCGAGCAGUGGCUGUGGUGCCUCUUCGUGGGGGUUGGCGAGCUCGUUUGGGGGCAGGUGUGUACUGGGGGCCCCACAUCCGAGCACCCCAAAACCUCCCCGUACUGGGGACCCAGGUGUCCGAGCACCCCAAAACCCCCUGUAUUGGGGACCCAGGCAUCUAGGCACCCCAAAACCCCCCAUACCAGGGACCCAGAUGUCCGAGCACCCCAAAACCCC